UUUCUUCUUCUACGUUUGGCACUGUUUCCCCAUAAUCCCGCAAUUUUCCUUUCUUUCAGGUAAUAGUAGCACUCUUCUUGGCUUCACGGGGGACAAAAUCUUUAGCUACUUCAUCUUCCGUUAUUCUCAUUCUUGAAAUUUGGAUAAGAUAAAAAUGCAGUUUAGUGGGAACUAGCUAGCAGGUUUUCUGGAUAUAUGUAUUCUUUGAGGUAUGGCUUGUUUUUCUGUUACUUGUAGUGCUGGUUUGUCUAUUACCCACGAUAAUUUUGGAGUUAGUAUGGCACAAACAAGAUACUUUGGGACUCAUGGCGUAUUUUGCACUCGCUUGUUUCAUUUUCCUUCUGUGAGGUAUAAUCAAUGCUUCAAAUCUCAGCACGGGUUGUUCUGCAAUCAGAAAAUUGGAUAUUCUGAUCGAAAAUGUGGAACUAAUUUGUUGAGGUUUCCAUAUCGUUCUAAUUCUCGUUCUCAACUCCAUAAACAUGGAAUUGAACCUCUGAUGAAUGGAAGUAGAGGAGAUAGAAGGACACAAUAUGGUAAAGAGGAAGGAAACAACGGCAGAAAGAGAUUUUCGCUGAGAUUACGGCCAAGGUUACGGUUACUAGCGGCAAGGAUGAAACGGUCUCCGAUUAAAUCCUUUUUGAAUGAGGUGGGAAUCUUUAUCCGGAAGAACAUUAGAGCAGUGGCCUUUUCUACCUCAGUUUCCAUUGUAUUGGGCCUUUGUUACCUGUUUCUGAAAUUGACGGCAUUUCCCUCUCCAACAAUAGUUCCAUAUUCAGAUUUAAUUACAAACCUUCAAAGCGGAUCUGUUACCAGAGUUUUACUUGAAGAGGGAUCUCGACGGAUAUAUUAUAAUGUGAACUCUCAGAAUGAUAAGGACAAGCAAAUUACUGAUAACGAUUCGCAAGGGAUGAAUGUUUCAGUCGAUCAGGAUAUGAAUAAGCUUGCAAGUGAUGACACUUCAAAAACUGGCCCAACUAGGCUAGUGAAUGUACUAGGCAAGUUCUCUAGGACUCGAACUUCUGUUCCUGAGUGGCAGUAUUCCACAAGAAAAAUUGAUCAUGACGAAAAAUUUCUUGUUAGUUUAAUGAGAGAAAAGGGUGUUACAUAUAGCUCAUCCCCUCAGUCAAUGUUAAUGUCAAUGAGGAGCAUUUUGGUAACAGUUUUAACCCUGUGGAUACCUCUGAUUCCAUUGAUGUGGCUUCUAUAUCGUCAACUUUCUGCUGCUAAUAGCCCGGCAAAGAAGCAAAAACCGCAUACUCAAAAUGUUGGAUUCGAUGAUGUGGAAGGUGUUGAUGCAGCGAAAGCAGAACUCAUGGAGGUAGUUUCAUGUCUGCAAGGAGAUAUUCAGUACCAAAAGCUAGGAGCCAAGUUACCAAGAGGCGUACUACUGGUAGGCCCUCCUGGGACUGGGAAAACAUUACUUGCACGCGCAGUUGCAGGAGAAGCUGGUGUACCCUUUUUCACUGUAUCUGCCAGUGAAUUUGUUGAAAUGUUUGUUGGAAGAGGAGCGGCAAGAAUUAGGGACCUUUUCAAAGCAGCCAGGAAAUUUGCGCCGUCAAUUAUAUUCAUUGAUGAAUUAGAUGCUGUUGGAGGCAGGCGUGGGAGAAGUUUCAAUGAUGAACGUGACCAAACAUUAAAUCAGUUGCUGACAGAAAUGGAUGGAUUUGAGUCAGAGAUGAGAGUUGUUGUUAUUGCGGCAACAAAUAGACCAGAAGCAUUGGAUCCAGCCCUAUGUCGUCCUGGUCGUUUCUCAAGGAAAGUAUAUGUAGGAGAACCCGAUGAAGAAGGAAGGAGAAAGAUAUUGGCUGUACAUCUAAGAGGAGUUCCUUUGGAGGAGGAAACCAGCAUCAUAUGCCAUUUAGUUGCUUCUCUCACCCUUGGUUUCGUAGGUGCUGAUCUUGCAAACAUUGUCAAUGAAGCUGCUUUGCUUGCUGCUCGUAGAGGCGGUGAAACUGUGACUAGAGAAGAUAUAAUGGAAGCUAUUGAAAGAGCAAAGUUUGGAAUCAAUGAAAAGAAGUUGAGUCCCAAUACAAUAAGCAAGGAGCUUGGGAAGAUAUUCCCAUGGAUGCCAACCUUGAUGGGUAGAAGUGAGAGAACACCGAAUGAUCCCCAAGGACCAUUAGGCUACCAAGCAUUGAGCUCAUGAAUGCGUUUGCAUGUUUACGACCAUUUACUUCUUGCUUGUAAGUAAUAACAAAUUUUGAUCACUUCUUAGAUAUCUUGAUAACAUUAGCGAUUAAGCAGCCACUAUAUUGUUUGGCAAAGCUAUCAAAUUUGUUUUGUAUGAUGGGUUUGUCAUGGCAAAGGGUUCGGUCUUUUACUUCA